AUGUAAUUUUAAUAAAUAUCCAAGUAAUCAUCUUCCAAAACUUUUACUCAAAAGAAAACUAUAUUUCAUUUAGAAAAGCAGCUUUAGGAUGUUUAGGAAAAGGAAGAGAAGAUUGAAAAGGUUGAGAUAAAUAAUAAAAAAGUUAGAUUUGCAAGGUAUUUAAGAUUAUUGAUUCAUUAAAAACAAAAUGUGUAAGUUUUUUGAUAAUUUAGAAACUUGAGAGAAAGUAUAAAUAAUUUGAAAAAGCGUAAAACUUUAGAGGGAUUUUCAGGUGAAACACCAGUUUCAAUUCAGUAAUGUUUCUCUUUUCUAAAUUCUGCAAUAUAAAAUGCCAGAAGUUUAAGGUUAGAUUAAAAAAUUAACAUAUAGAUCUCUUGACCUAUCAGGAAUAGAAAUUGAUCCUCUUUUGGCUAUUGAAUUGGGAUUAGGACUUUAAAAAAAUUCAUCUUUGAUUGAAAUCAACCUUUCAGGAUGUAAAUUAAAUAGUUUUAGCUUAUAAUAUAUAUUUUCAUCGAUUGCAAAUCACUAAACUUUAUAAUCAAUCAAUUUAUUUAACAACUAAGGCUUUAAUAUUGAUUUAAUGAAUGAUAUAAGCUAAUUUGUUUUUAAAGGGAAAAAUAAAAUAAAAAAAUUAAAGUUAACUCAUUGCAACAUAUCUAGUACAUCUAUGAGUUAUUUAUUGAGAAAUCUUAAGUAAAAUUUAUAUUAGACUUUAGAUACUCUAGAUCAAUAAAUGCAAUUGAUUUAUCAAUGAUGUAAUUCACAACUGAUGUUUUAACAAGUUUAGGGAUGGCUCUUUAGCAUUUUAAGGGUUAAAAGGUUUUAGAAUAUUUAAAUAUUGGAGAUACAAACAUAAGAAAUUAAGGAAUAGAAGUAUUAGCUUCAAGAGUAAGUUGGAAUUUGAGGAAAAUAAAUUUAAAAGAACUUAUUAUUAGAAGAAAUUUUAUUGAUUAAUAAGGAGUAGCACAUCUUGAAGCAUUUUUAAGAAAAAUUAAUAGCUUAUAAAAAUUAGAUUUAUCUUAAAAUCAAUUAGAAGAGUUUAAUUGUUAAAAUCUACUUUCAAGGAAAAUGUAUGAAGUCAAUUUAAGUUCUAAUUUAAUAUCAUGCUUUCCUUAAUAAUUUUUUUUGCAUACUUUAGUUAUUAAUUUAUCAAAUAAUAAUAUUACAGGUUAGGGAGCAUUUUAAUUGUCUAGUAUAUUAAGUUAAAAUCCUCUAUGGAUAGAAUUAAAUCUUUCAAAUAAUCAAAUAAAAAGUGAAGGUUUUAACUCUCUUAUAUUUGGACUUAGAGAUAAUAAAAUGUUAAAAAAAUUCAUUGUUGCCAAUAAUUAAUUAGAUGGUGAAGCAAUAAUGACAUAUAUGAUUAAUCAUGAAUAGGUUAAUUUUGAACAUCUAGAUAUAUCUUAUAAUUUUAUAAGAUAUGCCUUAAUAUUUUUCUUAUUAAAAUUUAUAAAGAGUGGUUGUCUAAGAUGUCUUAGAUGUUCAUUUUAAUAAAAAUAGUAAAAUGAAAUUUGGGAAAUUAAUCAGAAUUUUUCUUCCUUACAUGAAGAAGAAAAGCUUGCUAAAUCUUCUUAAAACUAAUUCUAAUUAAUAUCUUUUAAUUUAAGAGAAUUAGACUUUUCAAAAAAUGAAAAUAUUUUUACUCCUGUUAUUAGUUCUUUAGCAACUUAUUUUAAUAAAAUAGAAAUAUUAGAUUUAUCUUCCUGUAAACCAGUAACAGAGUAAGAUAUAGAAUUAAUUUGCAUAUUUUUAAAAAAAUCAACCAUAGUACAUGAUUUAAAUUUAAGAGACUUAAACAUUGGAAGAUUAAAUAUAGGGUGUGUUAAAAAAUUAAGAAACUCUAUUUUAAAUAGUAGUUUAAAGAAAUUAAAUUUAAGUUAAAAUUUUUUAGGUCAAAUAGCUAAGGCUUUCUAAGUAGAAGAGGUUGUGGUAAACUUUAAAUUAGAAAGCUUAGAUAUGAGUUAUAAUGGUCUUGAGUCAAAACAUACAAAUUAUUUAGAAAUAGUUUUAUCAUCUUAUAGAAAUUUGUAGUUUCUAAACCUAUCGCAUAAUAAUAUUGAUUUCACAGGAUUGAUAGCAUUAUCAAGAAUAUUAUAAGAGAAUAAAUGCUUAAAAAGUUUAAAGUAAGCAUUUAUUUAAUAUUUUCAGUGUUUCUCAUUAAAAAAUGAGUGCUGAUGAUUUAUUAAUUUUGAGUUAAAUAAUUUCAAAUGAAAAUCUUUAAUAUUUAAAUAUUUCAGAUAACCCUGGAAUUAAGAGGUUGAAAACAUUUUUUAAUCUAUGUUCCACUGAAAAAAUAGAACUAUUAUAAUUAUCUUAAAUACAUUUUGAUAAAUCAAAUUUAAAAAAUCUAUUAAAUAUUGUUAAAAAGUAAAAAAAGAAUAUUUUAGGAGUUACUUUAAAUCGUUGUAAUUUUAGAUUAAAUGAUUAUGAAAAAUUUGGAUAGUAAUUAAUAUAGUGUAAAAAUUUGUAAAUGUUAAGUAUGAUAUAUAAUCCUUUAAUGUAUUUGGAUCUUAACAAAGCUGCAGUAAUGUUAAAUGAAUUAAAAAAUUUGAAAAUUUUAAAAUUUAAUUAAGUUACUUUUACUGGAGAAUCUUUUUGUCAUGCCAAAGAAUGGAUUUUAAGUUCGGAUAACUGUAGUGUAAUAUAUUUAAUUAUUCUAGUUGAAUACAUUAGAUUUAAGUGAAAACGUAUUACGAUAAGAAUGGCUUGAUGAAUUAUGUAUUGGAAUUUCUGGAAAUAGAACAAUAUAAAAUUUAUUUCUUAACAAAUGCAAUUUAGGAAAACUAAACUUAUAACCACUUGGUUAAGCCAUUUCAAUUAAUCCUACAAUUAGAAUAUUAUCAAUAGCUAAUAAUAAUAUUGUGGAUAAUUUGUGUAAAAGUAAAUUUGCUGCUGUUACAGAGAAUAAAACUAUUUAAUUUGAAGAACUCAAUUUAUCUGAUAAUCCAAUUGAUGAAAAAGAAUUAAUCUAAUUUUUUACACCUCAUGCAUUUUAAAAUAAAUAAAAAUAAGCUGCUGUUAUAAAACUACUUAAUUUAUCAAAUUGCAAAUUAUAAAUAAGUUUUUUUAAAAAUCUUAUUAAAGAACAUCGAAUUCAUUAAGAUUAAUUUUUAUUCUCUAAUAUUAUAAGUUUAUCUUUAAGUAAUAACUAAUUAGAUGAUUCAAUAGGAGACUUAUUAAAAUAAACAAUAACUUUAUCAUUGUAAAUAUAGGAGCUAUAUCUUUAAUAAAAUUAAUUUACAAGUGUAGGAAUGAUUUAAAUACUAGAAGGUAUUUUUGCUACUUAAACAAUAAAAACAAUAAAUAUUAGUAGUAAUAAAAUAGGCGAUCAUUUUGCUAUGAAAUUAGAUGAAUUAAAAUUUUAAAAAUGUUCAAUAGAAUUUUUAUUAUUAAGAGAUAAUAAUUUUAAGAAAUAAGGUUUGAAAAUAUUAGCUUAAAUUCUUUAAUAUUAAAAGAAUCUAUUUAUUGAUAAUAUAUGGUCUGAUUUAGAUGAUGAAGACGCAGAUCAUAUUUUAGAAUAAUAUACAAGAAUUUGUUAAAAAUAUCGUUUAGAUUAAUCAUCACUCCCAUCUUUUUUAAAAGAAAUUUAAUUAUCUAAAUCAAACCUUACUGAUAAAUUUUGUGAAUCAUUUGGUAAAUAUUAUCCUCUUUUGGGGUUUAUUGAAUUUAUUGAUGUUUCAGAUAACCCAUAUAUAACUAUGUAUGGUAAAGUUUAUUUAUUUUUUCAUUUGUUUGAUUACAGUUAUGAGAAACAUUAAUUAAAGGCAUUACAUAUAUCUGAUUCUUAAGAAACAAGAAAAUUAUUUGAUGAUGGAUUAUUACGUUAUUUGACAUUAAGAUUACGUAAUUUCCUAUUACGUUAGGCAAUAUAAAAUUAAAAAUAAUAGCAUAGAUUACAGCCACAAGAAAAUUCUAAAAAAUAAAUUGAAAAAAUAUUUGGAGGGAUGUUUGGAUCAUGGUUGAUUCAUAAAAUAAAUAAGUUAAUGAAUUAUUUAGAUUUGAUUGAACCAUAAAUUUUUAUUGUAAGUACAUUGUUUAUAGGUAAAUUUAGAAGAAAUAAUAUUAAUAUAAAAACUUUAGUUAUUUUUUUUUGGAUUGGGUUUGUUUUUGUAAAUAUAUCUUAAUUUUAUAAAUUAUUUGUUUAAAUAAAAAGAAAUAGUCAAAAUUCAAUAGAAAAUUAAGAAGAUUAUCAAUAAAGAACUAAUGAUAUUUUUGCAGAUUUAACUUACACUUUUGCAAUAGUAGGAACAAUAUUUAUUAUUGAAAUAUUGGAAUUAAUCUUGACUGUUACAUUAAGAAGAAAAAUUUAACCUGCAUUACAAAUUAUACAUCCUAAAAUGUUGGAACAUCUUCAUACUAGAUUUCCACAUAAAAGAGAAUUAAUUUUAAUGAUUUACUCUAUUUUAAGCAAAUCAAGUACAUUGGCUGAAAGAAUGUUUUUAGCAUCUUUAAUGAGUGUGAAUGAUAAUGAUUUUGACGCUUAAAUUUCAAAAUUUCAAAUAUUAUUUAGUAUAGUAAUAUUUGCAAGAUUUGCUGACUCAUUUAUAAUAACCUUAAUAAAUUUAGUAAAAUUUAUAUCUGCCUCUCCAAGUGAUGAUUAAGCUAAAUAUUUAUCAUUAUUGUAAAGAAAUCUCUACUACUAAAAUUAUUUUGUUUCAAGUGAUGUUUUAGUGACUUUAUGUCCAGUUUAAGGAUUUUAAUUAACAAAAACAAUUAAAGUGAAUUAUGAAAUCAUUAUUGAAACAUAUAGGAUGAUUUUAAUAGAAUUAGUAUUAUUUAUCUUUGUUUGGACUUUUUACACUUAAACUUAAUUGACUAGAUUUUCAAAUUUGAUUGAUCCAAAAUCAACAAUGAAAUUAUGGAUGAUGUUUCUCCUAUCAAAAUGUGUUAUCUCUAUAAUCUUAUCCAUUUUUAAGAUUUUAACUAUCAGACCUGCCGUUGUUAAGUAAAAUGGAUUUAAUUAAGCAUUAGCUAUAAAAAGAUUUCAACAAAAUAAACUUUAAUUUGUCAAACCAUAAAAUAUAUAAAUCGAACAAAAUUUGUAAAAAAUCGAAUUUGAAUUGAAGAAUAAAUAAUAGUAAUAGAGCCAAUCUUCUAGAGAACUUGAAUAAAGAAGAGAAAUUAAAAUAUAAAGUAGAAUAAAAGAUAUUGAUUAAAUUGAUGAAGAAGAAGAUGAUAUUUUAUUAAGUAAAUAAACAUCUAAUUUUGAAUACUCAAGUAUUAAAUUUCAAUAAAAAUAGAUAAUUCCUCAUUAUCUGAUGUAACAUUAUAAGAUCCACCUCAGUUACCUUUCAGUAAUUCUUAACCAAAAUUUAAGUAUAAGAUGUGA